AUCGAACGAGUCAUCAUUUCUUGUUAGUUUCAUUGUGUCUUCCUUGUGGCUGUGCUUAUAUCUAUUUAAUUUUAAGCCAUUAUGUUUUACUGUUAUAAUAUUAAGAUUCCUCAAAUGUUCAGCACUAAAGCAUUGUGGGUAAUAAAUCGAUUAUUAUUUUGUAUGGCGAGCGGAAAGAAGCAAGAGUCAACACAAGCAGUUGCAGUAUAACCUCGCCUAUCUACACAUGAUAUGCGAGAUACCAUAUCUAUACAUAACUCUGAGGCGAGGAGUGUCCUUAUCUAACGGGCAGUUCCUGUCUGGCAACCAUGGCGGAGACCCCGUUGGAUGAAGAUUUCAAAGCGGACAUCAACAAUGAGCUACAGGAGCACUAUAAACGCCUAGUGAAUGCAUAUCGACCUGACCUGAAGGCGGAUAUACCACCAAGGGAGCCUGUCUUCCAUCACCUGCAUCCUUGUCAUCUUCAUGAAGAGAUGGAGAAAGACAAAAGAGAGAUCAAUGUGGCAGACAUUCUGACAGAGCGACUAAAUGAGGAGGAUGAGAACUUUCCUGGAGGUGUAUUAUUGUUGGGGCGGCCAGAGAGUGGGAAGACAGCGCUCUUUGCUCAAAUACUGCACUACUGGCUCCAUGACAAGGGCAAGAUGAUGGGUCUGAAAAAAUAUGACUUCCUGCUGGCCUUUCAAUGUUUAGUACUGCAGAGUCACUUUGAUGGCAAAACAACCAUUAAUCUUGAGAAACACAUGUUAGAUCACCUUCCCAAAUCUGUAGAGCACCAUGGGAAAGAGAGAGUGCAACAAGAAAUAAGGAAGGCCAAAGUUCUCAUCAUUAUUGACUCUUUAGACUGUCUGGAAGAAAGAGCUCCAGAAAUGAUCACUUCACUCAGUUCUUGGACUGACAGCUCUGUGCUUCUCUUUUGUCGGUAUAAAUUUAUGAAAGAUUCUGAACUUUUUAAGUUUGAUAAAAUCAAGAACUAUUUAGUGUUGAAACUUUGGGGUGGUUUGUCUGUUAAUCCAUUUGAAACUUUAAAAAAUUCCCCUGAAAAUAUGUCUGAGAUUGGUGGUGUGUUUUCAGGUAAACUGUUACAAGAUUACUGCACAAAACUGUGCAACUGCAGAAAUAUGAGUUCUGUAAAAUUUUGGGAUUACUAUACUAAAAUUCUAAAAUACUUAUCAUUAGAUAUAAGGAAGCCAUUCAAUAUCUACAUGACAAUGGAAGCAUUUUGUCAUCAUAUUGACUUGGAUGUUAAAACUCCAUCUGAGUUUUAUAGCAAAUGGUUUGACAUUUGUUCAAAAACUUACAGAAAGACACUUGAUGAAUCUGAUUCUGAUAAAACAGAAAUGGUUAUGAAAGGAACAUCUCUCUUGACUAGAUUAGCUUACAAAGCUUUCACUUCCAAUAGAGAAUAUCUUUCCAAAGAAGAUAUCCAAGAUAACUCUGAGAUGGUGCCUUUUUUCACCCACUUCUUGAUGCCACACUACAACCCUGAAGGUUGUAUUGAAAAGAUGACUUUCAGGAUAAAUGCUCAUAGGUUAUUCUUAGCUGCCAAACAAGCAGUUAUUGAAAUGGACUUGGGCAUGAAAAAUGUGAAUGAUGUUUUAAAUGCUGAAGGUUUCAAAACACUUCAAUCACUAUUGCUCAUGGUGUUGGGUGUAGCAAGAGGGAGCAAUUAUUUUGAUGAAAUAAAGGAGCAGGCUCUCAAAAUCAUAAAAGCUAAUUUGGAAGACCAUGUUACAGAAAAGUUUGCAGAUCCUAUCAUUAACUAUGCAGUUAAUGUUCUUAGUGAAACAAAAUUAUUCUCAAAAACAGACAAUGACUUUGAUGAUUUUGCAAGAAAGUUAGUGGAUGCUUUAAAACCAAAUAACUGGACCAUUGUGGAUGGAAAUAUGCACCCAGAGGCACUUAGGACCUUGUGUGGAUGUGGACAUGAAAACAAAGAUCAAGAUAAGUGUAAACCUCAGAGAAUGAACAUUAUUCUCUCUGGUCACCACACUGAUAUGCCAGGGCUUCAUGACAUCUUGAUAGCAUUGAAGGAUUGUGAUAUGAGAAUUAACUUCACCAAUGAUCACAGUUUUCUGAAUGAAAAAGGAGAGUUUCCACUUGAUGAUGUUUUGUUUGCACUACAAGGUAAAGGAAAAGCCAAGAAGAAAGGACCAUCCCUUGCUAGCUUUAAAGGAUAUCUUAAAAAUAUAAAGAUGCUUGAUACUGAUCCAGCCACAAGGCGUAUAUACAAGAUCAGUUUGCGUAUCUGCAACAACAAUAAUUAUGAAGAUCUACGUGAGUUAUGCAAAGUCAGCCACAAGCUCAGGCAGGUGACACUACGCAUCUCACAUAAUAAUGAUCUUAAUGUCAAGAAACUAAAAGAACUUCCUGCAAGUAUAGCCAAAUUAACAGUUUGCCUGGAGGGUUAUGAUGAUUAUGAAGUAGAGAAAGCAAUCAAGAUUUGGAGAUCCAUCCAGGGAACAACUCAGAGAGAGGUUAAAGAAUUGCUGUUUUGGUUCACUGUUGGGAAAAGAAUGACUUCUGAGGGUGUCAAGAAAAUAAUUCAAGCUGACCUGCCAGGUACUAAGAUAGAAUUGUCUCUAGAACAACCUGUUCCUGAUGAUGCUAAAAAUGAUAUGCAAAACCAACUAGACCAACUGAAAGAAGAUAAAUACAUAAUAAGAUUUUUAGGUUCACACAAAUACACAAGACGUGAUUUGAGAAAAAAUCAAGUUUCUUAAUUCCUCCAGUCUUGUAUACUGCUUAUCUGUCUGUCUGUGGAUGGCUGUGUCUGCUUUUCACAGAAAAAUAUAUAAUUGAGCUGAUUAUGAUGAAAUUUGGUAAGAGGUUUUCUUUAAUCCAGGGAGUGACAGACAAUGUCUCCAAUGUCCAAGUACUUCCAACCCAAAACUGCUUGAUUAUUCAGGCAAAUCUGUCAACCAGACCCAUUUUUUUAAGGUAAUAAUGGGGAAAGACUGGUAUUCAUUGUCAGCUUGCAGUUGAAUCCCAAUUACAGUCAGUCUGUCUGUCUAACAUGUGGGUGUGUCUGUUGGCAAAACCAUUGAACUGAGAGUGAUGAAAUUUGAUGGUGGUGGGGAAGGGGGGAGUCCACCUUGAUCCAAGAAAUGCUGGGCAAUUUUGCUAGUGUACACUGAACAUUUUAUUUGUUUCUAAAUUUUUUUUUUUUUUUCUAUCCAUGACCAAGCCAAUGAUUUUAUAAAUACCUACUUGUGAUGCUCUCAGUAGCUUCUCUCAUUAAUAAUCCUAGAUUGUAUUCAGAUGUACUCAUAUCAUGGUGGAUUCUCAAGAAUCACCUGAACUAACAAGUUCCCUUCCGGUUACAUUAUCUAUCAUGUUGAUGUGUGUGACACACCAAGGAAAUUUAUAAAAAAUGCCUCAGAUUACUUUAAUGGGUACUACAUACAAUCCUUACAGUUAAGAGGGAAAUCUAAAGCUGAAUAAUUUUAUUGUUCCUCUUCAAUUGUUUUAGCAGUCAAUAAUGUACCAUUAAUGGUUUAAUGGUGAUUAAUGUACUAUUAAUUGGUUUAAUAACAAGUUGGGAACUUUGAUACAGCAAAAACACAUUGCCUCGGGAGUCUAGAAAAAAGACUGUAGUAACAUAAACCUACAAAAUACCUAUAUUAACUUACAGUGCCAUGUCAGAAGAUCUAUUUAUCAUUUUAAAGCCAAACAUUACAACAAAAAAUUUGACACCAUAGGUAACAUAUGGAAAACCAUUAAAGAACUUAACCCUAAUAAUAAAAGCAGUAAUCUUCCUGUCACAUGUAAUAAUCAAGAAGAUGCAAUGCAGACUACCAACCUCUUUAAUGUGUUUUUUGCCACUGUCAGUAAAAACACUUUUGAAAUGACGCAUCUAAGUGACUCCCCAUAUCUCUGAAAAAAAAAUCCUGCUGCUAACAUAGAUCUUAACAGUCUAUUCAGACCUGAGCCUAUUGACUGGCAAACUUCAGUGUUUACUAUUACAUAUAUGAAUUAUAGUGAAGCAUGUGGGUCUGAUGGGAUACCGUUGAGAUUCCUUAACGAUUCUCUUCCUGUUAUUGUUUUCUGUUUAACCACCAUCAUGAAUAUGUCAAUAGUCACGGGAAUUUUUCCCACAGCUUGGAAAUUCUCAAUCGUGGCACCCUCCCUAAAGACUGGUGAUGUAAACAACCAUAGUAAAUAUUAUCCCAUAUCUCUCUUCCCAGUCAUCUCCAAACUGUUAGAAAAGAUAGCUUCAUCUCAGUUGAUUCUGCAUUUGGAAUCAAACCAUCUACCAAGUAAUACCUCAGCAUGGCUUCAGUCCAAAGAUAUCAACUUCUUCCACUCUAUUGGCACUUACUAAGAAUCUAUAUUUCAAAAUAGAUAAUAAAAAGUCUCUCUGGUCACUCUCUGCGAUUUAUCAAAGGUCUUUCACAGUGUUAGUCACUCUAUUUUACUUGAAAAAUAUUAUUUUUAGACAUAAAAUGUAUUUUUUCACUUACUUGUUUCUUAUUUAUUAGCAUUUACAAUGCUCCCUAUUACCCAGCCGUCUAUUCCACAUUCAAAACUUUCGUCGUAUUCCACCCUGGUAACCCCUGGUAACUUAUGGCAACACCGUCUCCUUCAGCCAGCCACGUCAUUCUUUCUUGAACCAUUGGCAAGUAGUGGGGAGGAUGGGUGGGUAUGUAUAUAAGAAGCAAGUAAGUGAAAAAAUACAUUUUAUGUCUAAAAAUGGUAUUUGUUUCACAUACAACCUUCUUAUAUAUUAGCAGAUUUCUACAUUAUAGGAGGUGGUGGGUCAUGCCAUAAGGGUGGAAUACGCCGAUGGGUGAAAGGGUCCACAAACAGACACUCUGGUCUCACCUAUGAGGAUUGGAGACUGGAGAGUGAGAAGGAGACCAUGACCAGGCAGUGGUUGGAACUUCUGGUCUCCUUUCUAAGUCUUGGAAGAGUCCAUUAGUGAGGUAGUGGUCCCACCAAAUCCCCAGCAGCGAUUACCGGGCCAAGGGCAGAGACAUCUCCUUCCUGCUGUUGGAUAUCACGGAGAUAGUAGUCCACAAAGACUGAGUGGGUCUUCCAACAGGCUGCUUCCAAGAUAGAUGCCACAGAACUGUUCUUCCAGAAAAGCAUGGAUGUGGCAAUUCCUCUUAUAUCGUGUGCCCGUACCUUGAACAAGGGACUGAAUUCAUUGGGAAAAAACUCAUGAGCCGUCUUGAUUGUAUCCCGGAGGAAGAAAGAGAUAGCUGCUUUAGACAUUCGCCUCGCAGGGUCUUGCAAAGACAUGAAGAGACUCCGAAGCCGGGAAGCGGAAGCUGUUGCAGCAAGGUAGCAUUGUACAGCUUGCACUGGACAUAGGAGAUGUUCCUCAUCCUCUCUUCCCACCACUGAAGAGAGACUUCGAAGAGGGAACUCUCUAGGAAUGGGAUUUAGAGGGAUUUCUGUCUUAGCUAUGAAUUCAGGAAGAUAUGACAAGAUAAGAUCUUCUCCUCUUGAGGCUAUGACCUGAGAAAGGGCAUGAAGCUCUCCAACCCUCUUAGCUGUAGCCAGGGCCACCAAAAAGAGGGUCUUCUUAGUCAGUUCCUGUAAUGAGGCUUGGUGAAGUGGCUAAAAUGGAGGACAUGUCAGAGCCUUAAGGACCAUGUCUACAUUCCAUGAAGGAGCCCUACAAGGUGGGCGUUGGACUUACCUUGAACAAGUCUUUAUGACCUCGCGGAGAACUGGGUCGGUAGAAAGAUCAAAGCCUCUAAGGGCAAACACCCCACUGAGCAUGGCCUUGUAGCCUUUAAUCGCAGUGACUGACAUUCUGCAAUCCUGUCUAAGAAAGACCAAAAAAUCUGCAAUCUUCUGGCUGGUGGGAUUAGAGACCGUGUGACCUUCUCUCUUGCACCACUCUUGAAACCUUUUCCACCUGUAUUGGUAAUUCAUAAUACUGGAAGGUCUUUUAGAUUUUGCCAGGAAUUCCAUACCUCGGGAGGAAAAGCCUCUGUGACGAAGGAUUUGCUUGACAGUUUCCACGCAGUUAGCUGUAGCAUGGGGAGAGCUUGAUGGAAUUUGUGAACAUGAGGCUGGCAAAGUAGAUCUCUGCGCUGCGGGAGGCGCCUGGGAGUGUCUACUGAGGCCUGUAUGAGGUCUGGGAACCAUUCCCUCUUUGGCCAAAACGGAGCAAUCAGGAUAAGGUUUGUUUGACGUGCCAUUCUCAGCUUGCUGAGCACCUUCCUGAUCAACAGCAAUGGUGGAAAGGCAUAAAGAUCAUGAUCCCAAUUGUACAGAAAGGCAUCUGUGGCUACUGCCAUUGGAUCCUGAAACGGGGAGAUGAAGUUUGGUAGCCUGAAGUUGAGCCUCGUUGCAAACAGGUCCACCGUGGGAUAACUCCAAAGCCUCCACAGGAGAUUGCAAACCUCCUGGUGGAGAGUCCACUCUGUGGAGAUGAUCUGAUCCUGUCUGCUGAGGCAAUCCGCUAAGACGUUUGCCGAGCCCUUCACGAAUUGGGUGAGGAUCCGGACGGCAUGAACCUCCGCCCACUGUAGGAUUGCUUGAGCCUCGGCAUUGAGGCUUCCUGAAUGAGUCCCGCCUUCUUUUGCCAGAUACGACAGGGCCGUGGCAUUGUUGGAGAACACAGCCACCGUCUGUCCUCGGACAUGUUCCUUGAAGUGCAGAAGGCUGAGACGUAUAGCUUUGAGUUCUAGAAGGUUGAUGUGUAAGAGGUUGAGUGGCCCACACACCGCUCACUGAAUCGUGUAGAAUCGACGCUCCCCAGCCGACAGUGGAAGCAUCUGUGUACAGACAAACGUCCGUGGAAGCUAACUGAAGGGACUGUCCCAACUGAAGAUUGUGGUCCAGUUUCCACCACUGAAGAACGUCCAAGAUUUCAAAAUCCUAAGGAAUUGGAAGGUCGUCUCCAUCAGACUGGUGAUCCCAGAAUUGGGAAAGGCGAAAUUGAAAGCUGCGCAUCCUCCGUCUUGCCCCAUGAACUAGAUGCAGCAGAGAGGACAUGUGGCCUAGGAGGGCUAACCAAGCCUUUGCUGGAGGGGACUGAACACUUAGAAAAGUCUUAAUUUGAUGUUGUAGAUUCUCUAGUUGUUUCUGUGUCGGGAAAAUCUUCAAAAGAGGAGAACGAAUCUCCAUCCCCAAAUAAAUCCUUGUCUAGGAGGGUGUAAGCGAUGACUUUUCCCAGUAUACCUGGAUUCCGAGUGAUGCACACAGACGGAGGGGGUAACUGGUUGCCUCGAGUGCCGUCUGUUCCGAGUGAGCUAACAGCAGCCAGUCAUCUAAGUAACGGAGGAGGCGAAUUCCCUGUUGAUGUGAAGCCGCUGAAACUAGAUCCAUCAUCUUGGUAAAAACUUGAGGGGCCGUGGAGAGGCCAAAGCAAAGAACCCUGAAUUGGAACUGACGCCCUCUCCAUAUAAAGCGGAGAAACUUUCGGCUGUCUGGAUGGACUGGGAUCUGAAAAUAAGCAUCCCGGAGAUCGAUGGCAGUCAUCCAGUCGUGUCUGUGGAUGGCGGACAUAACCGUCCUCACUGUUUCCAUCCUGAAGGGAGUGGUAGUCACAUAACGAUUCAGCGUGGAUAAAUCGAGGAUUGGGCGAAAGCCUCCUGUAUUCUUGGGCACCACAAAUAUGUGACUGUAAAAACCUGGUUUUGCAGACGUCUCCUCUAUUGCUCCCUUUGUCAAGAGACGUUGGACCUCGGAUUCUAGUGCCUUGCCCUUCUCGGAACCCGGAGGGUAAGAAUGAAACUCCAAAGGUGCCGAGGUGACUGGUGAAAGAGAUGUGAAGGGGAUCUUGUAAGCUUCGCGAAGGAUGGAGAGAACCCAUGCCUUUGCACCAAUUGCCAUCCAACUGUCUAGAUUCUUGGCCAGACAACCUCCUACUGGAACCUGGGAAGGCGGCCAGUCUACUUCCGAAAAAACUUCCCCAUCUUCUUAGGGUGAGAAGCAGAAGGAAGACUAGAGGAAGACCUCUGAUGUUGCGGCGCUCUUGAACGAGAGGCCAGGUCUAUGUGCCGUGUGGAAAGCGAAGUCAGGUGAGAAGUAUCACCAGUGGAUGCCAGGCGGGAACCACGAUCCACCAGUGGGGUGCCAGUAGCUGGCCUUGGCUUAAUCAGUGCCUGAGCUGCUGCUUGCUGGAAAGAAAAGGAAGCAGCCUUAUCUGCCACCCGAAGAGCUUCCUUAACCUUGUCGAAGAGGAAGGCCAAGUCAAUAGCUGAUUUCCUGAGAUCAACCUUGGUAGCAGUCUUAAAAACAGGGGGAAGGUGAGAGAGAAUCGCCUCCCGUCUCAUGGCCUUGACAUUAGAUAGAGCGAAAGCUAAAUCUUGAGCUGUAUCCACCAUGGCAAACUGAGUGCUGCAGAACAGUUGGUCAGCUAAGAGCUUCUCCUUCUGAUCUGGUUGUAAAGAGGAAACCAGUCUGUAAAAGGCACCAAUAGCCCAAAACAGAAAAUUCUGUGCCUCACGCUGGCGUGCUAAGAUACCUUCCAGGCGAGACAUAUCUGCAUGCUGUACCACCACCUGUGGGUCUUUACCCUUAAUGGUGAGGGCGAGGGCUAAGUCUCUGUUGAGUUUGGCUGCUUUCCCAGCAAACUCGUGCCCACUGACCCCAUAGAUCCUCCUGUACCAGCCAGAAGGGUAGCGAGCAGUGAUGGACAGGAACCUUCAUUAGCACAACGAAGAGCUUUGGUGGCGGCCUGUAGAAAAAAGUCCAUUGGCUGUGCCAUAGUGAAGCAGAUGCAUUUAUCCUCCACCAUCCUGACUUCUCCUGGGGGCACUGGGCGAUGAGAUCCUUCUGCAUAUCCAAGUCUGCCUAGUGUUCACCAUGUGAACACUAGGCAGACUGAUCACCUGCAUGUACCCUAAUGUAACACCUGCCUUGCUGCCAGGUCUUUUCAAGUGACUGCUCCCUCAUUCUGGAAUAAUUUGCCUCUUGUUCAGCAUGCCCCUUCCUAUCCACCUUCAAAUCAUGUCUAAAAGAAUUUCUACUUAAUAAGCAAUUUCCCCACUAGUGCAUCUAAUUUUAUUAGUCUUAGUAAUUUUAUGAUCACAUAUAUAAUCUUAGUUAUUUCAUUACUGAUUGUGAUAGGCCUUAUCCUGUAUAACUGUGUGUUAUUUUAACAGCUUGUAACUGUCCCUUUCCACUUUUAUGUCUUUUCCUUUUUUUUGCUUUUCAUUUUAACUCAUCACUGUUGCUGUGUGUUUUCUUUUUUAGGUGAGGGUAGGUUUGAUGCUUUUGAGUUAUUUGUCUAGUUUUCUGUGCCUAAAAUAUAGUUUCUUCAUUGGCCAUUAUAUAUGGGACUCCUGUGACAGGCAUAUUAAUUUAUAAAAGAUAUAUUUCAAGAAUAACCACUGUAAUAAUGGAAAUAAAUUUUACUCUAUUCUGUUAUGAUAUAUCAUGUGACCAUUAAAAUAUUAAAAUGUUAUUUUUAUGUGUUUGAGAAAACCAUGUAAUAGCUAUUCAGGCAUAUGUGCCCAGACUACUAUUAAAAAUAAAAGCCUUAUGUUUAUCAUGUAUUUUGAAGAACUUCAUUCCUCACUAUACAUGCAAUCUUCAAAUUUUCUGACAUCACAAGAAUGUUAUUAAAUCAGCAAAUGUUACUGCUGAUGGAAAGCUACCUACAUUCUGUCCCUCCAUCUCUUAAUAAAAGGACUUCUCCAGUAA